AUGGUGAUGUUGCUGCAGGAUGCGGAGCACCUCGUUGACGGAGGUCUGGAUGAGUGGCUUCGGGGCUGGUGCACAGACGAGGUACUCCGCACGUUCUUGGGUGCUUCCUCCAAGGAGUCGGCGGUGAAGUCUUUGGCGGCCGCUUUGAACUGGAGACGGCGAUACAAGGAUGUCCUGACUGGCCUGCGGACGCCAUCCUGGCAGGGUGACAUGCGCGUGGUAGCACGGGGGGUGUCCGGACAUCCAGUGAUCUUUAUGUCCAUGCAGCAUCAGCCGUCAAAGUCGAACAGUCGCUCGUCCGCAGGGCACUUGGCUGUGGUGCUGGAAGCCGCGGUCUGUUCAGCGAAAGGAACCCCGCGAAGCUUCGACGUGGUUUGUGAUUGCCGUGGGUUCCAGCUUUCCAAAAAUCUAGAUCCUCGACCUGCAGUUUCGGCGAUGGAGAUGCUGAAGCACGCGUACCGUGGACGAAUGCGUCGCGCAUUCCUGGUUGGAGCUCCAGCGGCUUUCGGUGGCUUUUGGAAGCUCUUGAAAGGGCUGCUGCCAAAGCCGACCCAGUGUUCGUCGCAGCCCCCUUCUCCUGAGCGGCAGAGGUCCCAUUGCCAGCUGCAGAGCGACGAGGAUGGAGACUCUUGUGCGAUCUGCCACAGUGCUUUGGGAAAGCGACAUUUCAACCCGCGACACCACUGCAGACUCUGUUGCCGGCCCGUUUGUGCAUCCUGUUCACCCUGUCGCGUGCCUCUGUCCGGCCAGAAGGGGGUGCAGAGGUCCUGCUUGCAGUGUGCUGCGACUGCCUCGAGAGCGUCGGCGCUGACCCAGCAGCUCUCCUUCCUGUCGCGGCAGCUUUCAGAUCUGGCUGGCAGGCCAACUGCUGAUGUGGCACCUGUCACACUGGAGGAUGCACUCAGCAGCUUGGAAGCUGCAGUGGAGCCCCUUAGGAAAUUGCGUGUGCAGCACAAGAUCACGGAACGAAGAUGCCAUGAAGCUGAAGACCAGCUGCACAAUCUCCGCACGGAGUUCAAUCGGAACAGAGAUUGUGAACAGGAUCCGAGGCUGAUCACACCUGGGCCGCCCGCACCAGGCCAUGGGCAGGAAGAUAGCGAAACCGACUGCUGGAUAUGUCACGCCCGCUUGGGCAAACGCUUUCUAAAUCCACGGCAUCAUUGCCGAGCUUGUGGGAGACUAGUUUGUGGCCAAUGUUCGCCGAGCCGAAUUCUCAUGGACGGGAGGACAACGCUACAGCGUGCUUGCGCACAGUGCACGCGGAGUGUGCAGGAGGUGCCCAACGCCACUCGCCGUUUACAGGUUCUAGCUGCAGGUCUUUCCGCGUUGCUCGGCACAAGAUCAAAUCCGACGUCAGCUGCAGGUCUGUGCAGCAGACUGGCCACGCUGGGUACACUAGAGGGUGCAAUUCGUGAGUGCGAAGAGAAGAUCCAGUUCAUCGCCUUGAAAGAGGCUGGCGAUGUCCUUCAGGGCUCUUGCGGCCCGGCUGCUGCGCACGUGGUCACAACACUGCUAGCCUCCGACCAGGAUUCAGCGUCGUGGAGGUUUCCGAGCGAGCUUGCUGAUUGA